UAUAUAUUUGAAAAAAAUGUUUUCCGUCACAUGUCAUACCUUCUGAUCUAAACUUAUCAAUCAAACAAUAAAUAUAUCUUCUGAAUCAAGACAAAGACAGAGAGAGAAAUGGCGACGGAAACUGAAGUGAUAGCUCCGGUGAGCAACGGAGGAGGAAGAGGAUGUUGCAAGUCCGGUCCAGGUUACGCGACGCCACUCGCUGCUAUGUCCGGUCCAUCGGAAAAGCUCAUCUACGUUACCGCCGUCUACGCUGGAACGGGACGAGAGAAGCCGGAUUACUUGGCUACAGUGGAUGUGGAUCCAAGCUCAGAAACAUAUUCAAGCGUCAUUCACAGAUUGCCAAUGCCCUUUGUUGGUGAUGAGCUUCAUCACUCUGGUUGGAACUCUUGCAGCUCUUGUCACGGUGAUGCUUCUGCGGAUAGACGUUAUCUCGUGUUACCAUCACUUGUAUCUGGUCGCAUCUACGCGAUUGACACAAAGGAAAACCCUAGGUCUCCGUCUUUGUAUAAGUAUGUAGAUCCUAAAGAGAUUGUUGAAAAGACUGGUUUAGCGUAUCCACACACGGCUCAUUGUCUUGCCUCUGGCGAAAUCUUGGUGUCCUGUCUUGGGGACGAAGAUGGAAACGCUGAGGGAAAUGGGUUUCUCCUCCUUGACUCAGACUUUAACAUCAAGAAUAGGUGGGAGAAACCAGGACAGAGUCCAUUGUUUGGUUAUGAUUUCUGGUACCAACCUCGGCACAAGACGAUGAUCAGCUCAUCUUGGGGAGCACCUAAAGCCUUUACCACAGGCUUCGACCUUCAGCAUGUUGCUGAUGGCUUGUACGGAAGUCAUCUACAUGUUUAUAAUUGGCCAGGAGGUGAUAUGAAACAGAUUAUUGAUCUUGGAGAGACUGGCCUCUUACCUUUGGAGAUUAGGUUCUUGCAUGAUCCAUCUAAAGAUACAGGGUAUGUUGGAAGUGCCUUGUCUAGUAACAUGAUCAGAUUUUUCAAGAACAGUGAUGAAACAUGGAGCCAUGAGGCAAGUAUAGUUAUAUCAGUUAAACCGUUGAAAGUAGAGAACUGGUUUCUUCCAGAAAUGCCGGGGCUUAUCACUGACUUCUUGAUCUCCCUCGAUGACCGGUUCAUCUACUUUGUGAACUGGCUUCAAGGAGACAUUCGUCAGUACAACAUAGAGGACCCUAAGAACCCUGUCUUAACUGGACAAAUUUGGGUCGGAGGAUUACUACAAAAGGGCAGUCCUGUUAAAGCGGUUGGAGAAGAUGGCAACACAUUCCAAUUCGAUGUUCCUCUGAUCAAGGGGAAAUCUCUACGCGGAGGACCUCAGAUGAUCCAGUUGAGUCUCGAUGGAAAACGGUUGUAUGCCACAAACUCGCUGUUUAGUGCAUGGGACCGUCAGUUUUAUCCUGAACUCAUGGAUAAAGGCUCACAUAUAAUUCAGAUUGAUGUUGAUACAGACAAAGGUGGUCUCACCAUAAACCCUGAUUUCUUUGUGGACUUUGGUGAUGAACCUGAUGGUCCUGCGCUUGCCCAUGAGAUGAGAUAUCCAGGCGGAGACUGUACUUCCGAUAUCUGGAUUUGAGUUUGGCCCUUUAAAAGGAGUGAGCUAGAUUUGACUCAUUGUUGUAACUUGUGUUUUGAAGAGAGUAAUGAAUAAGAGUUGUGCUACUCUGCUGUGGCUAAAUCCAUGAUAAUGAUAGAGGUUUCUACUUAUAUAUUGUGUCAUUGUCUUUUGAGUCUUGGGCAUUGGACCAUUGGCGUGUGGACUAUGUGUGAAUGUUCAAGAAAACCAGGAAAAAGAAUGAAAAGGAAAUAAAUUGGUCUAAUAAAUUUUAUAUUUUAAAAAA